AUGUUUGUGCUUCCGUUAGCGCUGCUGCUGCUGCCUUUCGCGGUUGCUGACUGCCCUAUUGGGACCACGUACCAUCCGGACUUCAACAGAUGUUACUUAUUUGUGGCGGAACCGCAGCCAUUCGGACUGGCUGAGGAUGCAUGCGUUUCAAACAGAGGCCACAUCGUGUCAGUUAUGAACGGCUUUGAAAACGCAAUGUUGGCUGAAUCGGCCGUGGCACAGAACUUGAAGUCACCGUUCUUCGUGGGAAUGAACAAGUUGCAGGGCAACUGGAGUAACUCGGACGGAUCGGCUUACACCUACACUAAUUGGAGUCCAGGCCCUCCGGGAUGGUGGUUGGACGUCGAUUUCCUGCUCCAAUCCUUCUCCAUUCAUCUGUGCCAUACCAGAAGAUGCUCAUCCGGCUUUCACCUGCCCAACGUGUGCUACACCUACGUGUCCAGCGCCUGCACGUCAACCCGGCCAUUGCGAUUCGGAAUGGACAUACUUCCAGGGUACGGAUUCCUGUUAUCGAAUAAUUUCUUCUGGGCUACAUUCGACAACGCCGAGGAAAUCUGUGUGUCGGAAGGUGGUCACCUGACGUCCAUCCACAGCACGGAGGAGAACAGUUUUGUGAUUGAGAUAGCGGAAUCCGGCAAUGACUACGGAGAUUCAAAUGAACUCACAUGGAUGGGCUUGCGACAGGCGGAUUAUCCAACGAAGACGGAUUGGACUUGGACGGACGGCACACCAUUUGAUUACAAAGAACUGGAGACCUUCUCUUUUCUCUGA